UCUCCACUCUCAAGCAACCUCCGCCCCUUCUCUCCAUUUUCUUUUCAACCAAACAAACUCUUUUACUUCUUAAUUUCUUGCUCCAUUGCUUUCAUACCCGCCUUAACUUCUUCAUUUUUUCUUUAUUAUUAUAUUUCUAUGUUUCUUGCUUCUCUUUGUCUCCUAAAUCCCUUCACUUUUAAAUAAAUUUUAAAAAAUCUGAAAGAGAGAGAGAGAGCGAGAAGAGAAAGAUGACGGGCUUGUUUCGAUCCAAAUCUUGCGGACUCGUCGGACUCACUGAGUUCAACAAUGCUCCUCCGGCUCCGUUCUUCCACCAAACCAAAACCAGCGACGAUGAAGCCAAUGACGAAGAAGAGGAACAGGAGGAAGAGUUUGAAGAAGACGAAGAAGAAGAAGAAAAUGGGUCUGCUGGAAACCCCAUUGCUACGACUCCGUUCAUAAGCCCGACGUCGAGAUAUGGUUGUAGUCAGGGGAAUAACAGUAAUUCAACGUCCAAAGACAAUAACCAUUCCCCGUUUCUGGAUAUUUUGGCAGCGUUGUUAAGGAAGUCGCUGAUCACGUGCAGCAUGGGUACUGACGACGUGUCUUCCAUGGAUAUUAGCUUACCAACUGAAGUCAGGCACGUCUCUCACGUGACUUUCGACCGCUUUAAUGGUUUCCUCGGCUUGCCUACUGAGCUCGAGCCUCAUGUUCCCAGAAGGGUUCCCAGUGCCAGUGCAAGCGUUUUUGGAGUUUCAGCCAAGUCAAUGCAGUGUUCUUAUGAUGACAAAGGGAACAGUGUGCCAACAAUUCUUCUUAUGAUGCAGAGGCGUUUGUAUGCAGAAGGAGGCCUUAAGGCGGAAGGAAUAUUCCGGAUUAAUGCCGAGAAUAGUCAAGAAGAGUAUGUCCGAGACAAGUUAAACAAAGGUGUAGUACCACGUGGAAUUGAUGUCCAUUGUUUGGCAGGUUUGAUAAAGGCAUGGCUUAGAGAACUUCCUAGUGGAGUACUUGAUUCCCUCGCACCAGAGCAGGUGAUGCACUGCAACACGGAAGAUGACUGCACUGAACUUGUGAAGUUACUUCCUUCGACAGAAGCUGCUCUACUUGACUGGGCUAUCAAUUUGAUGGCGGAUGUUGUGCAGCAUGAACAACACAACAAAAUGAAUGCACGCAACAUUGCGAUGGUUUUUGCACCAAACAUGACUCAGCUGGCUGAUCCUCUGACGGCAUUGAUUCAUGCCGUGCAAGUAAUGAACUUCCUCAAAACACUGAUCUUGAAGACACUUCAUGAAAGAGAGGAGUCAGCUGCCAAGGACAGGUUGCUGCCAUCAUGCUCAGGUUCUCCUACCGACAUUACCAACAUCCAUUCUGCAGCCACAGACAGUGGCUUAUCCCAUGAGCAAGUUCAGGAAGCAUGUGUAUCUGUGGAACCUUCCACUGCUAAGUUUUUGAGGGCUGCCACACUGAAUAGACUGGACAGUGGCCCUGAAGAGAAACUAUGGAGCUUGCAGAGGAAUGAUGCAGAAGAGGAAUUUGAGUCCAUAUCAGGUAACAGCACGCCAAAUGCAUGUGAAAUGGGGACCGUUGAAAAUGAAUGUGGAGGUGGAUAUGAUAAUGGGGAUCGACUAAGUUUAAGAAAAGGUGUAAGGCGGUUAUGCAGGCAUCCCGUAUUUCAGUUGAGUAAGUCGACUAAGAAGACACGAAAUCUUGGGAUUGUAAAUACUAGAGGAGGUGGGGAAGCUUGGGUGUGAUACAUCGUUGUCACAACAUCAGGAAGUGUCUAUAUGUUACUUGUUUAUCAUUGAGUUGAUUGCUGGUUGUGUAUGCAUUAUAAUGGUAUAGUUCUUGGUGUUUGAGCCAAAUUUAUAGUUUCUAGGAUUUGUUUGGAGGCGCUAACUGAAGCUAUAGAUUAAUGAUCUCUGAGAGUAAUAUCUCUCUUUGUAUCCUUGUACUAUCUGUGUGAUGUGCAAUAAUAGUGUUCAAAAUUUGUUAGAACCAAGUUUGAAAGAUUGAUAAAUGUUGAGAUGCA